AUGCGCUCCUUUUCCAAACAGGACACGACUGAGAGCACCGGGGAUGAGAUAUGCAACAUCCGCUCCAGGGCUAUCGAACGCGUUAGCAGCAAGGUUUCUGGCAUCGAGCAAGCUGACGAAGACCCGGGAUUGCGGAAUCCCGCCGAUUACAGGAGUAAACAGGUCUUCAAAGGAAAAAUGCUCUUCUGGUUGGCCUAUCAAUCCAUCGGUGUGAUCUACGGUGAUAUUGGCACGAGUCCCCUCUACGUGUAUUCCUCGACCUUUAGCGAGCCCCCAUCGCGACAGGAUCUCAUCGGUGUGCUGUCUAUAGUCAUCUGGUCUUUGAUGAUGAUGGUCACUGUGAAGUACAUUAUCAUCAUUCUCCACGCUGACAAUGACGGCGAAGGCGGAACGUUCAGCACGUACUCUUUACUUAGCCGAUAUAUGAAUAUCACCAAUCGGGAUCCUCGGGAGGCCUCUUUUGUGCAAAUGAAAAGACACUUGACGGGAGAUCUCGAACAAGCCGGUCGGUCGAUGCGCCGCCGCCUCGAGUCCAGUAAAUUCGCUAGAGCUCUUCUACAGGUUAUGGGGAUAUUGGCAGUGACAAUGGUUUUAGCGGAUGGUCUUUUGACUCCGGCACAGUCCAUUCUAGGAGCCGUCCAGGGAAUUGAGGUUGUCCAACCAAACAUAUCCAAGGGCACCAUAAUUGGCGUCAGCGACGCUAUUAUUGUCUUUCUAUUUGCCAUUCAAGCGUUUGGUAUUACCAAGCUCACGGUCGCAUUCUCACCUAUUGUGAUCAUCUGGCUCGGGUUCAAUGCCGUGUUUGGGAUCUACAAUCUUGCAAAAUACGACGCAGGCGUGUUUCAGGCUUUCAAUCCCGGCCUAGCAUUUAAAUACCUCAUCCGUCACGGAGAAGACGGAUGGAGAACACUAGGUGGCACCUUGCUCGCCUUUACUGGUGUUGAAGCUCUAUUUGCCGAUCUCGGAGCCUUCAGUCGCCGAGCCAUACAGAUCAGCUGGCUCUGCUAUACCUUCCCAUGUCUUUUGCUGGCAUACAUAGGACAAGCAGCAUAUAUAAGCGUAUUUCCGGAGGCAUACUCUAAUCCGUUUUUUAAUGCUGCGCCACCAGGCACGGUUUAUCCGUCGCUAGUUAUUGCCAUUCUAGCUGCUAUCGUGGCAUCGCAGGCUAUCAUAACGGCAACCUUUCAGCUUUUGUCUCAAGUUAUGAAACUAUCAUACAUGCCCCAAAUUACUGUUAUUCACACAUCUCGCAUAUUCCAUGGCCAACUUUACAUCCCAAUCGCUAAUUGGCUGAUGAUGAUUGGAACGAUUUUGGUCGCCUCCAUAUUUAACAAUACAACUUCCUUAGGUAACGCAUAUGGAGUGUGCGUUAUGUUCGUUACUUUCUUCGACACCUGCAUGGUCUCACUCACAGCGAUAUUCGUCUGGCGUUUCAACCCAUAUCUGGUUAUCCUACCAUGGCUCACCUUUGCCUGUUUGGAUGGGGCUUACAUUUCGUCAGUGCUGACCAAAGUUCCUCAAGGAGCCUGGGUGACGCUCAUGAUUGCUGCCAUCCUUGCCUUGCUAUUUCUUCUGUGGCGGUACGGGAAAGAGCAGCAAUGGUUCGCCGAAGCCGAGGAUCGUUUUCAUACCUCUCAUUUCAUCACCAGUGGCUCGGCCUCCCUCGAGUCUGAAACACCAAUGUAUCUUGCGAAGCAGUAUGGGGAAUUCCCUAUAAGCACAACACGCGGAUUAGGCAUUUUCUUCGACAAAGCUGGCGAAACAACACCCAUAGUAUUCAGUCAGUUCGUCCUCAAACUCACAUCCAUGCCCGAAGUGAUUGUAUUCUUCCAUCUGCGACCUCUCGAAAUGCCUUCUGUUCAGUCAGACAGACGAUACAUGGUCUCUCGUUUGGCAGUGCCGAAUUGUUAUCGUCUUGUAGUACGCUAUGGAUACAACGACGUAAUAAUCACGCCUAAUCUAGCCAAUGUUGUUGUCGAGCAACUCAGAAAAUAUUUGAUAAAUGAUAUUCCACCCCCGCAGCCCGCAGGCGAAAAUGCUGCUGAAGACGGACAGGACAACUCUACUUCAAACCCCGACAGCUCCAUCAAGGAGAAACACCACGAUGUCGGUCGCGAACUAGCGAGACUCGAAGCAGCCUACUCACACAAGGUUUUAUAUAUCAUCGGCAAGGAAGAGAUGAAGAUUAAACCAGGCACAAUGAUUGUGCGAAAAAUCUUGUUGAGCCUAUUUUUGUGGAUCCGGGAUAAUACCCGCAAUAAAAUGGCGAACUUGCGUGUGCCCACGGACAAGGUGAUUGAAGUAGGGUUUUUGAAGGAGAUAUAG